CCCCCCGCUUCCUUCCGCCCCCUCUCGCCUCCCAGCGGGGGCGGCGCGGCCCCGUUCCCCGCGGGGGGCUGUCGCUCGGCUCCCUCCGGCCCGGCGGUGCCUAUAUGGGGGGCAAGCAGAGCACGGCGGCCCGUUCUCGGGGCCCCUUCCCGGGGGUGUCGACGGAUGACAGCGCCGUGCCGCCGCCGGGAGGAGGGGGGGGGCCGCCCCCCUUCGGCCAUUACCGGGCGGGCGGCGGCGGCGGCGCCAUGGGGCUGCGCAGCCGCUCCGUCAGCUCGGUGGCCGGUAUGGGCAUGGACCCCGCGGCGGCCGGCGCCGUCCCCUUCGGGCUGUACGCGGCGGCGGCGCGGGCGGCGGGAGAGGCCGAGCGGGCCCCGGGCGGCGGCGGCGGCGGUCCGGGCUCCGACUCCACGUACGCCCAUGGCAACGGUUACCAGGAGACGGGAGGCGGUCACCAUAGAGACGGGAUGCUGUACCUGGGCGCCAGGGCCUCGCUGGCCGACGCGUUGCCCCUCCACAUCGCACCGCGGUGGUUCAGCUCGCACAGCGGUUUCAAGUGCCCCAUUUGCUCCAAAUCCGUGGCUUCUGACGAGAUGGAAAUGCACUUUAUCAUGUGUCUGAGCAAACCUCGCCUCUCCUACAACGACGACGUGCUGACCAAGGACGCCGGCGAGUGCGUGAUCUGCCUGGAGGAGCUGCUGCAGGGGGACACGAUAGCCAGGCUGCCCUGCCUCUGCAUUUAUCACAAAAGCUGUAUAGACUCAUGGUUUGAAGUGAACAGAUCUUGCCCGGAGCAUCCUUCUGAUUGACCCGCCGGGCGUGCUUGCUGACUUCUCUCUAAGGGCACCUUGCUAUACCUGCUGUACCUCCUCUCCCCGUCCCCCUGCCCCGCCUGGAGUUUUGGGCUGACUUUAAAUUCCUCGAGAAGACAAAAAUAAAACCCAGAAACUUGAAUCCACUUGGGACAACGGCAAAUUUUUUUUAUUAUUUUUAUUUGUUUUGUUGCUUUGGGGUUUUUUGUUGGUUUUUUGUUGGUUUGGUUUUUUUUUAAUUUAAAAGAUUUAAAAAAAAAAAAAAGAAACAUCCAGGAGAAGACAGUGUGAGAAAAGCGGAGCGACCUGCUCUCCCCUCCACAGCUGCUGGUCACCAGGAGAGCUCUGCCUGCCAGGGAGGCCCCGGGGAUGCCCUCGGCCGAAACCCUGCCAUGAUGUUUGGCUUUUCUCCCCGAAACGAAGGAGAAAGCUGCCGGGGGACAGCCGGCCAAACGGAGCACACGGCAUUUCUCACCGGCAACCCCCCCACCUCCCACCCGGACUCGCCCGGGGGCUCUGCUCGGUUUUUUUGCACUGACUAAACGGGAAUUUUCUCCUCUCUCCCGUCUCCCUUUUGGAGAUCUCCACCCCAGCCCCAACAGCGUGAGACGGGGACUCUGCCCCACGCCGGGAGCGGGGCCACUGCUCCCCCCUGCCAAGCCGCAGGGGUCCGUCUUUCAAGUGUUUACAACAAGAAAAGAAAAAAAAAGGAAAAGAAAAAAAAAAGGAAAAAAAAAGAAGAAAAAAAAAGAUAAAAUCGACAAAAAGAAAAAAAAAAACUACAACUGAAGCUUCGUGUUGACUGGCGUGUUCUUUGAUUUGAGCUUCCCUGCCCCGGUGAUGUUUACAGACUGGUCACUCUUUAACUCAGCUAUAACCACUCAGAGACUGGAGAGCCGCAGCAUCCCCGCCGCCCCCUCGCGCCGCCCCCUCGCCGGGCUCCUCUUGCCAAAACAGGCCCCCCCCCACCCCCUUUUGUUCCAUUGCCUUUGAGUCGAACCCUUUGGAGGAGGGUACGAGGCGGGGGGGAGGCCCCUCCGGACCCCUCGGCCACGGGGGUGGCUUUCCCGGAGGUGCCAAGACAGAGUCGUUGCGUGGCAGUGACCCCCCUCCCAACCCAUCCCCGUCCCCUCCCGGCGCGGCGGGCGCGUUUUCGUUGGUGAGACCUCCCCUGCCGGUGGCCGUGCCCCUGCGGGAAACCUUUCUGUAUUUAUAUAUUAAAAAAAAAAGGGGGGGAAAAAAAACCUAAGAGUUCAGAGCUUGGGGGGAGCUUCCUUCAUUAGUCAAGGUGUUUUGAUAUGGUAUUAAAACAAUGUUCAAUAAAAUAUUCACUGUUAUUUUAUUUCACUGGCUUUCUUGGUGAAGCAGGCGAUGCCUGUGGGGUGCCGAUGCCCCUUCGCCGUGUCCGCCUUGGCAUGGGAAUGGCCACAGCGGCACUUGGCACGG